CAAAAAAACCUUUGAAAAAUGGAUGAUCGUCGUUGUUGAUAUACUCACUGCCCACUUUGUCAUUCGAAACGAACACAAAAAAAGAUUCGAAUUUCUUGAUUGUUUUUUAAUACAGUUUUUGAAUCUUUGAUUUACAAAUCUCAAAUGCAAAUCCAAUCAUGGAACAGAAUAUAAUUUUAUGGUUAAAAUCUUUAUAUGAUAUUCUUAUUGGUAAAGAUAUGAUGAAAUUUUUAUCAUUAACAUCAACAACAUCGACAACAAUAACAACAACAACGGUGAUGGACGAUUUAGAAAAAGAAAUCGAUUGUCAACAUUCGAAAUUGAUUCAACAAGAAUUGUUGCCACAAACAUUAGAAUCAUCGACAGAAAAACCAUUAUUAUUAUCAUCACCAUCACCAUUAUCAUCGUUAUCAUCAAAAUCAUGUCGACAACAACAGCAACAACAAACAGAUUUGAAUAAUAAUCAAAAUCAUAAUGAACAAAUUCAUUCCAAUCAAUCAUCAAUCGAAUCAUAUCAUACAACAACAAAAACAACAACAAAGAUACCGGAAACGAUACCAUCAAUCAUAGUCAACAACAAUAAUUCUAAUCAACAACAACAACAAUACUGUGAUAAUUGUGUACAAAAAUCUCAACAACAACAACAACAAAAUUUGGAUGAAAAAUUCUAUUUAAAAUUAUCAAAAUUUUAUUCAAAACCUCAAGCUUCAUCAUUAUUAUCAUCAUCAUCAUCAAUACGAUCUGAUCGAUUUAUUGAAAUAAUGAUCGACGCAUAUCGUAAACAUCUACCUGAUCAAUGUGAUCCAUUAAUAAUCGAUGAUUAUCGGGAUCAUUUGCUCAAUUCUUUCGUAACCAUUCAAACACAUCAAUAUAGAAUAUAUGGUCUUCGAAAUGUAAUGAAAACAUCGGAAGAUGGUUUUAUAAGAUUUUUAGGAAAUAAUCGUUUUGUUUUAAAUUUUACUGUAUUAAUUUCCGAUCUAAAAAUUCAACUUGAUUGUCAAUUAAAAAUUGGACAUCGUCUACAACCAAAACGUUUAUCAUUACGUAAUAAACAUUAUGAAAUGGAUUUUAUUAAAUGUUUAUUAUAUGUUGAGCUAUUAAUCGAUUGUGAUGAACAAUCAAUACGAUUCGAACGUUUAUUGCCCAUCUCUCAACAAUAUGGUCAUCAUGUUCAUUCGAAUCAAUUAUCAUCAUCAUCAUCAUCGUAUAAAUCAUCAUCAUUAUCAUCAUUACCAACAGCCGCAUCAACAUUUGCAUCUUGUCAUUUUAUGUCUUUCAAUAAUCUAUUUGCAAUACUUAUUGAACGUUAUUUUAAAAAUUAUUUUGCUACAAAUCUAAAUCAUUUGGAAACAAUUAUCAAUCGUAAACUAUCCGAUAAUGUUAAUGAUAAUAAUAGUCAUAUUUCAACAUCAUUCAUAUUGGAUUAUGAUAAACUUAUUGUUCAAACAUCAUUGCACAAAAUAUUGAUUAUUCUUAAGCAACAACAACAACAAUCACCGUCAUCAUCGAUUAAAUCAAACAAAUUUUAGCAACAAUGAUUGUACGAUAAACGAUGGUGAUCAGGUCACACACAAUGGAUUUUCCAGAAUCGAUAUUCAUCAUCCAAUUUUGCCAUUUGUCAUCAU